AUGGAAGGCAAAACUGAACCAGACCGCAUGUCCGAAGGCUUGCAUACACUUCCACAGCCUCACGCCAGCGAAGCUUCCUACGACCCCCCGCCGAUCAAGAGCAAGAUUUCGCGCAUGCAAACCAAGCUUCGAGAUGUUUUGAAGCUUUCUGAUCCUUCUUCGCUAAUUCUGAACGGCCAUAAUGUCAAUCACAUCAAUAUCGCAGGUCGUUUGCCCUUCUCUGGCAUCACAACUUUGUCUCCGGCAACGAAUACUGUGGGACCUGCAUUUGUGACCUGGGCGCCGGAUUCCAACAUCGCUCCUCUGGCAACUGCUUUCAUCUACACCGAUGAAUCUGGCCAGGCAACGUCUUCCUCGCUGUUGUGCGACACAGAUCUCUUCAGCAGUGCCUACAGUACCACUGUAGAAGACUGCAGCUAUUCUGUCUGCCCGUCUCAGUACCUGGAUCCUGACUGUAAUCUGUACAUCAACUCCUUGGUCGUAGAUCGGGCCGACCCGAUAUCUCCUACAGUACAAAUUCAAACUGUAUCUGAAAGUUACUGCUAUGUUACGACGACUGCGAAUAACGGAAGCUGCAAUAUCGGUUGUGCAGCAGCACUGGCGCUUUUCACUGCUUCAGCCACACCAGUGCUGUAUGAUGGAGCGCUUUCUAGCUUGAGUGACAACAUCUACUUCCUCCCUGAUAUCACAAGCAAUGCUGGGUCCUGGGUGGGCUUCUCACGCCAGACUGUCGCGUUAGACCAGCCUGCUUCUUUCGCCGCAGGCAUUACGACAACCAUCACGACAGAAAAUGGACCUGUCUCAACAAGUUCAGCUAGCUCUGGCCCCACAAUUCCCGCCCCGGGCUCCAGUUCAAUCAGCACGACCUCAGCAUCCAGCUCGGAGAGCACCGCGAGCUAUAGUGAUCCUGACCAGAGUGUUUCAAAUCCUUUCUCGACGACUUCGUCUGACUCCACUACUACAACAGCACAAUCAAUGACGACUCCGCUCGAGUCCACCACGACGGUAUCGGACUUGUCGAGCACCAGCUAUAGUCAGCUCACAAUCACCAGCUAUACCUAUGUGGACGGACCCAAUGGUCAGACCUCAAGCAGUGCGUUGACGAUAACUUCGACUGUCGUCGUUGUUCCGGACACUACAGCACCGUCGAUACAAGGAAACUCAGAUGCUGGCACGAACUCCAUGAUUCUCACAUCAAGUCUGAGAUUGAAUGACGGUAAUGAGAAUGCUUCACUUUAUCGUGCACGAGAUUCGAACUCCCAUGUUUUGCGAUGGGAAGGGGAGAUGCUAACCACUGCACCAGCACGAUCUGUUUGGUGGAUGGAGAGUGAUCAAUUUCAGAUCUAUCAUAUACCUGGACCUGGACCCAGCGAAAGUGAAACGUUCAGGGGCAGUGAGCUGCAGGUAGGUAGCCUCUUUUUCGACCAUCACCAACCAGUCAAGACGGGAGAUAUGUAUCUGCUGAAAUGCAGUGUACUUCUUCCAUGCAUAAUCCUAUCUGUUCUCCAACGACAACAUGGCCUUAAGAGUCGUACUUUUUCCACUCUCGGUGCUACACACGCUCUUCGCCUUCUCAUCUUUUUCCUUCGUGGACUUCAAAAUCUGACCACAACUGGUUUUUUUUUUUCCCUGCUUCUCAUUCACACACACGGACCCAUCGAGAGCAAUCAAGAUCCUGAACAUCAUUCUUUUGCAGUUCCACCUGACGAAACGGCUGCGGGAAAUUCAAAACGCGAUGGUACGGGCUAUAUGCAAGCAGCCUUCUUUUUUCAAAAAGAAGAAAAAAGAGGAAGUUCGGCCCUUGCUCUCAGCUACCAACCAUCAGCUUGCCUAAAUUUGAAAAAAAAAAACUUCUAG